CAUUUCUCCUGCUCCAAGAAAUAGAAAAUCAGCAACAGCAAAAGCCAGUCAUUUUGAAGAGGUGCAGUACUUCUGGCAGCCUCCAAAUAAGUGACAUCCUGUUGACUCACCCUCACCACAUUCCAAUCCGAAUAGUUCUUGGCCUUAAAAAGCCAGAACAGCCCAGUAUAAACCAACACCCACUGCUCACUUUGGAAAUCUUUUGUUAGGAUGGCAAGCAAUACACCUGAACACCCAGGUGCUGAGGGGCGAGAUGCAGCAGAAACACCUGCAAAGAAAAAGAGAAGGAUCGACAAGUACCAAGGCUUUUUGGAGGAGGAGAAAGAGUUCCUUUCUAAGUGUGAACAGAUGGAAUCCAGGACAAGGAAAAUCCUGAAGGCCUCAUAUGAGAAGCUGUCCUCCUUUGUGGGUCAGAAAAACUUGCCAGAUGAGAUCAAGUAUCUCAAGGACCACCUCUCCAAGCUGACGGAAAAGACCUCCUUGGAUCCCAUUUACAUUGGACUCUUUGGCAGCACUGGGGCCGGGAAGACCUCACUGCUCAAUGCCAUCUUAGAGAAGCAGUUCUUCUUGCCAGUGUCGGGGAGUGCCUCAUGCACCUCAUGUGUAGUGCAAAUCCACACCAGCCGGGCUGAGUCCUGUGAGGCAAAGAUUCAUCUCCUGUCAAACAAAGAAUGGAGAGUAGAAAUGGAGAAUCUGCUGAAGCUUGCGGAGAAGUAUGGGGAUGCUAAUGGCCACAAUGAUGACUGUGAUGAUGAUGAGGGUAAUGAUGACGAGGGAAAAGAAGCCAUUCUAAAGCUCCGGGCUAUAUAUGGACAAAAUGCUGAAACCAAAAGUUACGAAGAAUUGCUAAAGGCAAAGCCAGUAAUAAAUAUUCCCACGUCAAGAUGCAUUCUUCUCCGAGGAGAUGAGGCAAAACUUUCUGAUAAACUGGAUCCAUACAUCCGGUGUCAAAAGAACAAGGACACGGGGGAAUCAGACCAGGAUGGAGAUGCACGUCUCUGGCCUCUCAUCAAGAAAGUGGAAGUGACAAUCCCAAGACCUGAUGUGAUACCAGAAGGUGUCGUGUUUGUGGAUAUUCCAGGGACUGGAGAUUUCAAUGAUAAACGGGACCAGAUGUGGAAAGAGAGCAUUAACGCAUGUUCCGUCAUUUGGAUUAUCAACGGUAUGGUCCGAAUCCAGGGGGGGAAAGUCCAGGAAAUGUUGCUGGCAGAAAGCAUCAAGGCUUACCAAACCGGGAAGUGCAAUGACAUUACCCUGGUGGUCACAAAGUCUGAUGCCCUGAAUCUUGAGGAGUACAAGAGGGAAAGACAAGUGAAAGAUAAAUCUUUAGGCAGUGAACAUGAUGCUGUCUUGGAGAGAAAUGAAAGUGUGAAACUGGAACGGAGAAAGGAAAUCAUGAGAAAGCUGCAGAAAGAGCUGCCAAGUGAUUCAGAGAUUCUGGGCAAGGCGGAUCUAGUUUACACAGUCAGUGCCCGAGAAUACUGGCAAGAGAAGAAGCUCACUAAGGAAGAUACAGAGAUCCCCAAGCUGAGAGACAGCAUCAGGAAGCUCUACCUAAAGGAGAGGAAAAAGCUGCUAAUGAAUUAUGUGACAGAGGCAUAUGUCAUUCUCUCACUGGCCCAAAACUUCAGAUCUACAGAAAACCUGAAGAACUGGAGAUUUCAGCACAACACCCUGGAAACCUUUGUGAUGAAGGAGAUUAAUGAAUUGGAGAAGGAGGUUGAGACAUGUUUUGCUCAGAUAGAAGAACCCCUUAGUGAUGGUGUAGUGAUGGCAAAAACAUCACACCAGAACAUUAUCGAUGGGAUCCUAAAACGAACCCGGGGAAGACAAGGUUAUCACCAGACCCUGAAAGCCUUGUGCCUGAAGAAUGGCAUGUAUGCAUCCCGGACUGACACUCGCCUAGAUAUCAACAAUGGCCUGGCUCAACCCAUCUAUGAAAAAAUCAAUGCAAUAUUUGGAACCAUCUUCAGGAACCAAAUGGGCACCCAAGCCACAUUGAAAAGCAUCCUUGAAACCUUCAGGUGCAUCGUGCAGGAGAAAUUCAAGGAGGAUGGAAAGAAGUGUUCAACAGCUGAUAGCAGUCGGUUUGACUUCCUUGUGCAAGAAACAAAUAUCAUCCUCAGUGCUCUUGACAGAGAAAUCCUUAAGAGGAAAGCAGAAGUCUACCACUCCCUACUGCACUCAAUCCAGGAUGAUCUCCAACCAUAUUAUGAAGCGGCUGGAAAAGUAAGAGGGACGGGUGCCUAUCAGAAGAUGCAUAAUAUCAUUGAGAAGAACAUUGACAUGGAAGUGAAACAUGGGAUGUUUGAAUGGGCAGCUCUGUGCAUGAAGAAUAAGUUGCGUAGGCUGAAGGUGGAGAUUGCGGUGGGGCUACAGGUGGACUUUUCCAACAUGCUGAAACUUGCCUUUUCUCAGAAGGAAAAGCUUGCUGAGACACUUCCAGACUUACAGAAUGAAUACAAGGAAAUCAAGGGCAUAUACAACAAACUACAUGAAAAUGCUUUAAAAUAGCUGCAGAAGUCUUCUACGUUUUAGUUUUUUAAUUAAACUGUUGAUGUAUUUUUCUUUUAACUGGCUAGGAUGAUAACCAACUACUAUUAAUUGCUAAAGAACCUGUAAGUGGAUAAUUCGAAUCACAUGUUAUAGUACCUGUAUCUGCUGCUCUGUUUAAUCAAUGCUACAAUCUCUCCUGUCACAGCUCUCCUCCAAAGUGAGGAAAAGUAAAGAUGCAAAUGUACUAAAUGGAUUUGUACUACCUUUUAGAUGUAAUUUGGAGAGUAAUAACAAUAAUUUUGUGCUCAUUUUUGUUAAGAAAAGAUUUUGCUCCUGGAAUAUAUAUUAAUAAGAGAGAAAACUUU